AAGUUUUUUAAGACAAAAAGAAACGAAUACAAAAUUCCCCUUUUUCUCCGCUUCUCCGUCUUCGAAUUCCCAUGCCGAUUCCCUUCCUUCUUCCGCCGCUCGCUUCAGGCAAACGGUAAAAGAAGAAGGCAGCGAGUAUCUAUAUGAUGUUUUAGUAUCACCGUUGUCUGGAUUAGAGAGGUCGAACAGCUGCUGCACAUCGUUAUCUUUGACGGCUUUAGAGCCCCUUUCUCGUGAAGGAGACGUAGCUGAGGGUGCGAGAGAUUUCGGGAUCGUUUUUCAUAUAAUGCCGUAUUUUGUUCAGAGGCUUUACAGAACUUGCAAGUCAUCUUUCUCUCCCGAUGGGCCCAUGUCAGAGGAAGCCUUAGAGAAGGUUCGCAAUGUUUUAGAGAAAAUAAAGCCAUCAGAUGUUGGUCUUGAGCAGGAAGCUCAAUUGGCACGCAACAGGUCUGAGCGCAAUGGAGGUGUUCAGUCAGUCCCAGCAAUAAAGUACCUCCAUUUACAUGAGUGUGAAAGCUUCUCCAUCGGAAUCUUCUGCAUGCCACCUUCCUCUGUCAUACCACUUCAUAAUCACCCGGGGAUGACUGUGCUAAGCAAGCUGGUGUACGGUUCAUUACAUGUAAAAUCAUACGAUUGGCUUGAGGUUGAUUCGCUUGGGUCAGAUGAUGAUCCGUUACAAGGUGCAGCAAGACCCGCGAAACUGGUGAAGGACACCGAGAUGACGGCCCCUUGCCCAUCAACAGUGCUUUAUCCCACAAGCGGAGGCAACAUCCACUGUUUCAAAGCCAUAACUCACUGUGCCAUUUUCGAUAUUCUCGCGCCUCCAUACUCUUCAGAUCACGACAGACACUGCACCUACUUCCGGAAAUCCAAAAGACAAGAUCUUCCCUGCGAAGUGGAAGUGAAGGGGGGAAAGGUGGUAUCAGACGUGACAUGGCUCGAAGAAUUCCAACCGCCUGAUGAUUUUGUGAUUCGGCGAGUUCCUUACAGGGGCCCUGUUAUUAGAACUUUCUGAAAUAUAUAUAUAUAUAUAUAUAUCAUUCAGUUCCUUAUUUGGUGAAUUUGCCUCCCCCUGCAAAAUAAUGAAAACAUUUAAUCUCCAGUUGUACAUACUUGUCUGUGUGUGUGUGGGUCAAUCUAAUCGUUACGUUUGGACAUGUGCUUUGUCUCUUCUUCCCCAUCCAUUGUACUUGCACCCCCUGAUUUUGAAGUGAAAAGAAAGGGGGCGUAUCUUGAAUGUUUUUGGAAUUCCGGGGUUUGAAGUGAGAUUUUAAACUUUUUGGAAUGUUUUUGGAAUUCCAGGGUCAAAGUGAGAUUUUAAACAUUUGUUGGGGCAUAAAAGGUAAUAAAUAAAAGUUAAUAGAUAGUUUCAAUCUCCGUAGGAGGCGCGGUCUGGAUCUUCCCACGCGGCCGCGAACCGACCAGAAGGUGAUCAGUGUCCGCCAUGCGCAUCUGAUAUGUAUAUCAGUUCGGUUCGGGACCAGGACCAAGAACCCGGGAACAGACGCUGCCCAUCUCACACGAUCUCGGUCGUGAGUAGAGCCACUUCCACAAGAAGGGUGCAUCAGCUGAGGGCUCAAGGACUUGUAUCGUGCCGUAUUUUAUCCAGAGGCUGCACAAUAACUGCAAAACCUCCUCGUGCCGAGGGAAAAUGUGUAAGAAGAUGGACAUUGGACAGUGAGAGAGUGUGCGGAGACAUGUGAUGUGAGCCACUUGGAAUCAAGAAUCCAAAAUCCAUAGAGAUGCGGAGACGGUGCCUGUUUUUGCGCCGAUUCUUUCUCCAACAUGAACAUGCCUACCAACGUACAUUCGGACAAAACAUCAAAGCUGUGUUCCUUCAUC